AUGAAUAAUAAUCGAGCAGAACUAUCAAUCAAGCAAAGGGUUGCAAGUCAAUCAGAAUUAGAUGCAUUAACGUGUCCGAUAUGUCGAUUUUUGAUGACUGCACCUGUCAAACAAUCAAGUUCAGAGACAACAGGAACUUGUCCUCAAUGUAGAAUACCUAUUUCAAAUGGAGGAUUAUCAAAUUUACUCCUUGCUGACCAUUAUUUAUCACAUCUAAGAGUUGAUUCAUUGGUGAAUCAAUUUAGAUAUAAUCAAGAAAACAAAGAAUGGGAAAAGGAUGCAAGAGGAUGUCAAGAGAUUGUAACCGUUGAAAUAUCAAAAGAUCACAAGCUGAUUUGCAAAUUUAAUCCUGUAAAAUGUAAACAUCAAGGGUGCGAUGUAGAAGUAUUAAAAGAAGAUAUGGAUAGUCAUCUUGUACUAAUAUCUUUUCUCUUGAUUGGUAUUUACAUAGUACAAGAUGACUAUCCAUAUCUUCUUUGUACUAUUCUACUAUGUGACUUUAGACCAAAUAUACCAUGUCCCUAUAGUGAUGUUGGUGAUGAUAGAUAUAGGUCACCGCAACAAGAAUUAAAAGAGUGCAAACAAUCAAUCAGGGAAACCAACAAAAAACAAUCAAUGAUUAAAUUCGAAUGGGUAAUCGAUGAAUACCUAGACAACUCAGAUUAUUUUGAUAUGGGUGGUUUUAAUUGGUUCUUGAAUGCAAGAGAAGAGGAGAAUGAAGAUAUUGGCUUUUAUCUCUAUUUGGAUCAUAAUCAUCAAAAGAAGCGGGUCAAAGUGGAUUUUACUUUGGAGGUUCAAUUUCCACGUCAACCUUUAUACACACAAAAAAAAGAUAGUAUAGUACAUGUUUACAAGAAAGGGUGUAGCGGCUAUGGAAUUUUAACCGAUUCUCAUAUAAACGAUUUGAAUCAAAAUGAUUCUGUCAUUGUUACAUUUAAAGGUCAAGUCCUAUCAUCAAAAGAUAAAAAAUAA